CCACCCACAAUUACAACUUCGCAAUCACUCCACACGCUAAUUCUUCUUCACUGGAGUUUCAUUCGUCAGUCCCUUCUUCUCGGUGUAUGUUUCUCGGUGAAGCGGCGGAGAGCAAUGGACGACGAACGGUACAGACUGGAGCAGAGGAUAGACCACGUCACGGGCGAGUCCCUGGACGCAACGCGCCGCAUACGGCAGGUGGCAGAGGAGACGCACGGCAUCGGCGUGGAGACGUUGGUCACGCUCAACGAGCAGGGAGAAAAGCUGGACAACGCUGAGAGGAACCUGGACGAGAUAAACGUGGAUCUAAAGCAAACGGACAAAAACCUGACGGAGCUGGAAAAGUGCUGCGGUUGCUGCGUGUGCCCGCACAGACAAACAAGGAACGUCAAGGGCACCAAACCGUACAAGAAGGUGUACGGGAAGAAGGCACAACAGAUGGAGGCCAUCACGGAGCAGCCAGGCGCCAACAAUGGCGGAGGCAGCAGGCAGGCGGGUGGCCCGUAUGUCAAGAGGAUCACAGACGACGACCGGGAAGAAGAGAUGGAGGAAAAUUUGCAGGCAGUGUCUGAUGUCCUGACCAACCUGAAAGGUAUAGCAGGAGACAUGGGUGGCGAGCUGGACCGUCAGAACUACCAGCUGGACCGACUCAACCAGAAGAUGGACGUCAACACGGUUCACCUGGAGCAGGCCAACUACCGCAUCAGACGGCAGCUCUAGAACUCUCUCAACACAACUGACACUAUAAUAAUACUGACUACUGGCUGUAGCAGUAACCGUUAUUGUGUAUUACAGACCAAAGCGCAGUUUAUAUUGUGGAUAUAAAUUAUUAUUGUGUAUAAUCACCGUUCUGCCCCACACCUAUAUACUGUGUAUUGAAUUUUUAUUUCAAAGUGCUGUCCUGUC